AUGGUUACUCUCACUCGGGGAUUAAUCCUUGUGGCAAGCUUCGGCGCUGCUCUUGCAGAUGCGUGGCAGCAGACAACCACAACCGCGCUGACGACCGUCACGCCUUGCCCAUCCCCUGCCCAAUGGAAAACGCCAGCUCCCAUCACUGUCACCGCUCAGUACCAGCCGGUGUCCACCUGCUCUGCCCUGGAUGAAGUCUGCGUCAAGAACAAAUGCUUCACAAAGUACUCGUAUUCGACCUGGAACUAUGUUUCCACCACCAUUCCGUGUCCAUUUGCUGCGCCCUCGUCGACCAUAUCUACCAUUACUGCGACCGAUCAGAGCGUCUUGGUCUCGCGAACUUCUACUACCAUCACCAAUACUCAGAUCACGUCUACUGUCACCAAGAAAUGGAAAAGGCCCUUUACUCACAUAGUCACAGUCUCCGCCUACACAACCGUAGUCAAAGAGUGGAGUGCUCCAUAUAACCAACUGGGCUCUCUUGCUAUCCCCGGUUAUGGCGGCAGUGGUAUCUGUACUGAUUGCAAAGGGGACAAUGGACAGAAGCGCCAAUCUCUCGAUGUCAUUGAAUGUUUCGAGAGUCGAAACAAGCCAACAAUCUGCCGCGAGUACAAGGAAGUGUGGAUCUACAACCCAAGGGCGAUUUUCUCCCACACGGCAUCAGCAGUAUGCUCUUCACGUACUUCAGUCCCUUCUGCUGGCACCUAUGUCUUCGAAUUCCCACAAAAGGCACCUCCUACAACCAUUGAAAUUCCCGUUCAGAAAGUAACGCACACCUGGCAUGGGGGCGUUAUUGUUAGCACGAAUGCUGCCACGACCGCAGUUUUCCCUGGCCGAGACUGGACUGCGACUGUUACUCGACACUGCGCCAGACCGACAGUUAUAGAGUUCGACAUUAUCAUUACCAAGGUCAUUGUCUAUGUUGUUCCUCCCUUUGUCUUUCCCGAUGGACCUACAAAGACUGACAUCUACUUCGGGACCAUGGUCUACUUCCUGUAA